CACAAGGAUCAUCAUUCAGGAUGAAUAAUAAUAUACAGCAACAUGAGGAUGAGAGUCUGUUAAACACAAACGGUCACACUCAAGCUACAUCAAUCCCAGCACCACCACUUCAAGUUCAUGAUGCUGUUCACGCAAACCCAACAGCUCCUUUGGUUGCCAGUUUACCUCCAACAGGUCAAGCAGCUGGACCUCAAGUAGCAGCAGCGCCAGUCCUUCUGAACGAGAUGAAGAACGGAUCAGCCAAUCCCACCUCCUCUGGAAAGGGUGAAAGAUUGCAGUUGAUUGAUGAAGAUCAAAAAUUCAAUCCAUCAGUAAAGGAAUAUUUGUCAAAGUGGGGUAUAGAGGAUGUAGGAUUCAAUUAUGAUUUAUGUGCAGUUGUUGGAAGUCAAUCUACAGGUAAAUCAACUCUGCUGAACAAACUCUUUGGCACAAGCUUUGAUGUGAUGAACGAAAACGAAAGAAGGCAAACGACAAAAGGUAUUUGGAUGUCUCACGCACAACAUGCGCCAAUCUUAAUUUUAGACGUUGAAGGUUCCGAUGGUCGCGAGCGUGGUGAAGAUCAAGACUUCGAACGUAAAUCAGCUUUGUUCAGCAUGGCUUCUGCUGAAGUUUUGAUGGUGAAUAUGUGGGAACAUCAAGUGGGCUUGUAUCAAGGUGCCAAUAUGGGCAUGUUGAAAACGGUCUUUGAAGUGAACCUAGGUCUCUUCCAAGCAGCAAAAAGCAAAACCCAUGUAGGAAAAGAUAAAACGUUGAUCCUAUUCGUUAUCCGUGAUCACAUUGCUCAAACCCCGAUGGAGAACCUAUCAAGGACAUUGCUGGCCGAUAUGAAUAGGAUUUGGGAUUCACUAUCCAAACCGGAAGGGUUAGAAUCGGUAUCCAUAACCGACUUUUUCGAUUUUGACUUUACCAGCUUACCACAUAAGCUUCUGCAACCCGAAGAAUUUGAUCGACAAGUGCUUCAGUUGCGUGGCCGCUUCACGGAGCGCAGCUCUUCUCAAUUCUUAUUCAAGCAGCAGUACCACAAACGUAUUCCAGCUGACGGUCUUCCACGCUACCUUGAUACAAUUUGGGAACAAGUUAUGACAAACAAAGAUCUUGAUCUGCCAACCCAACAAGAGAUGUUGGCUCAAUUCCGAUGUGAUGAAAUCGCCAGUGCAGCAUUUGCAACAUUCUCAAACUCUGUCAAGCCUUUCAGGAAACCGCUUGAGACUGGUUCUAUCGUAGAUACGUUAGGAGCAGACAUGGCUCAACAUCGAGGUGUUGCUUUGGCCAAGUUUGACAAGGAUGCAUCGCGCUACCAUGCAGAAGUGUACAAACGUAAGCGACUAGAACUUUUGGAGAAGUUAAAUACUGCUCUACUACCGCUCUUCCUCGGUCAAUUGCGCAAUCUACACAAGAUUCUCAUCGCCUUAUUCAAGAAAGCAAUUGUUGAUCGUCUUCGUGGAGAAUCAUAUGAUUUCGGACAAGUUGUCUCGGAAGAGCGUAAGAAAGCCCUGACCAAAUACAAUGCUGCUGCAUCUCUUAUUCUCUUGCAGGACACAGACUGGAGCGUAAAAGAGGAAUUGAGUCAGUUUGAGGAAGAUGUUGACAAGAUUGCUGAUCAAUGCCGCGCUGAAGAGACAGUCAAGAUGGUCACGCAAAUUGAACGGUCUUUGAAGAAAUCAAUCGCUGAGCCUAUUGAACUUGCUUUGUCUAAGCCUGGACCGGAUAUGUGGGAUCGUGCAUUGGACGCAUUCCGAGUAGCAUUGGACAAGGCAGAAUCAACAUAUUUGGGCAAAGCAAAAGGAUUCAAUUGCACGGAAGAGGAAAAUGCAAUCGCACUCAACUCGCUACGGAGAAAAUCUUGGCUCGCAUUACGCAGCAAGGUGGACGAGCAGACGGCUGACCCCGUGCUUAUGUCAAAAUUGCGUGGAUUAUUUGAGGACAAGUUCCGUUACGACGAUCAAGGUAUUCCUAGAGUUUGGAAGCCUGAUGACGAUAUUGACGGAUUCUUUAGCAAAGCAAGGAAUGAUACAUUGGCUUUGAUACCUGUGUAUGCUCGUAUUGAGCCAUCAGAUCCAUCAAAGAAUAUCACUUUGCCUUCUACAGCAGAAGAUCCAAUCCAUUCGGCUGUUGUCGAUCGUGGGGAAGAUGAAGAAUUUGACUUUUCCGAAACACUCAAUAUUUUCAGCGAAACCCGCAAAGCAGAUAUUGAAGCACGUUUCCGCAAAGAAGCAGAUGCAUAUUAUGUUGAAGCAAAGAGAAGUAUGGUAUCAUCAAUUGCUCAAGUUCCAAUGUGGAUCUAUGCUGUUAUGGCGGCUUUGGGAUGGAACGAAUUCAUCGCAAUUGUUCGAUCACCGAUUUACUUUACUUUAUUGCUUUUAGGUUUGGCAGGAGCUUAUCUCGUCUUCAAAUUGAACCUUGCUGGACCUUUGAUGAGCGUUUCAAAAGCUGUUGGUCGGGAAGUUCAUCGAUUAGCAGAUGAUCAGCUUAGAGCGCAUUUCUCUCAACCACUUCCUCAACCUGCUAUUUUGGCCGAAAAGCCUUCAUAUGCAGAUAAACCUUCUUCUUCAAACGCACCAGCAGAAGAGAUUGAAUUGGAAGAUCGUCAAAAGAAGAUUGAUUGAAAGGUAUUUUAUUUAUAAUGCAUGUAUUCAUUAUCAAUCCUAUCAUUUGCUUAGAC